AUGUUUUAUUUAAGUUUACUAUUCUUGAUUAACAUAUGCUAAGGGGAAUUAGAGAUUGUAGAAAUAAAAGAAUCUUCUGAAACAUUUAUUACUCAUUUAGGAGAGCCAAAUAUAAUAUAUUAAAUGCCUGAAGCAGAUGAUGCUUUAUUAAUGCCAUUUUAAUAGAAUAGCUUUUGUUAGAUUAGACAAUAAACUGUAUAAACAGAAACAUAACAAUUUACAAUAAUUUAAUAGGAUGAUUUUAAAGAGUAAAUUAUGAGAAUAAAAUUUUAGUUAUGAAUUUGAGAUGGAUACUCCAUUAAAUUUUAGAGAAUUUGUUGGAAUGGUACAUAUAAAUGAUGGAAUGUUAGCAAUAACUUCUGAUGACAUAGCAUAUUUAAUAAAAUUUAAUUAUGACAAUGUUCUAUAAAAAUAAGGAUUUACAAUGUAUGGAAAUGCUAAAGAUUUUGCAGGUGUAACAUGGAAAGCUAAUCUUUAACCAGUAAUUCCAUCAAUUAAGGCUAGAGAAGAAUUACCUUAAUUAGUAUAUUCUAAAAAAAAUAAUUGGGCUUUUGUUUUAUAUUCUGAUUCUGCAUAAUAUUUUAGUGUAAAAGAGAUGGAGAAUAAUUUUAAAUCUAUGAUUGUUAGUUAGAUUUAAAAUUGGGUUAAAAGAGAGCAAAGAGGGUUAACAAAAGAAAUUGAUGGAUAUCUAUUUUCAGCAGUUGGAAAAGAAGGAAUGGAUAUUUAUGAAAUUACAGAAACUGAAGUUUUUCAUAAAUAAACAGUAACAUUUAAAGAUUUUAAUCUAAAAAAUGAAUUAUUAGAUUUAAAAGAUUUUUCAAUUGUAAAAGUUAAAGAUGGAUAAUAUUAAUUAUAUUUACUUGAUGCAAAAUUAGGAUUGAUCUUAGCAUACAUGUUUGUCAAUUAAGUAGGUUUUUAAUUUGAAAUAAUAAUUCAGGUAGAAUCUCAAAAAGGUGGAAUUGCUGUUGAUACAAAGAAUGGUAAGAAUUUAUUUGCUGCCUAUGAAGUUAAUGGCAACUAUUUUUAUAUUGAAUAUUUAGUCAAUUUUAAUGAAAAAUCUUGUUCAAUAAUUACAAAAAAAGAAAGUAAUUAUAGAAUAGUAGAUGUUGAUGCUACAGAUGAAUUUGCUAUAAUCAGUGGUGUAAAUCAUCAUUAAAUUGUGUUUAAUAAUGGAUAUGAUGUUCUUGCUCCACAUAAAGAAAAGAUUAUGUUCACCUAAAUAGGAAUGAGGGAUUUUUAGUUUUUUUAAUAUACUUAUGAAGAAGAUAAAUUAAAAGUUGCUAAUCAAGAUGAAUAUUAAUAUGAUGAUUUUUUCUUUGGUGUCACUGCUACAAAUGCAUUUCUUACUAAAUUCAGAUUUGUUCCAGCAAGAGUUGUUUGUUUUUCUGAUAACAGUAAUUAUAUUCUUAAAUUAGAUGCUCAUAGAUCUCUUAAGUAAUAUUAUACAUUAUAAUAUAAUCAGUCAUAUUCUGUUAAUAAUAAUAUAUCUCCUAAUAAAAUCAUCAGAAGAACUAAGAAUUUUACUGUGCAAGUUGUAACAACCUAUUUAUUUUCUUAAUAAUGGAAACUAAUCAGAAUCUUACUAAUUGUAUUAGGGGUAAUCAUUUUAACAUCUAGUAUCUAAUAUUAAUUUUAUUUAUUUAGUUGGAGUUGUGAUAUAUUAGUUUAGAUAGUUUAGAAUUUAAGAAUAAAAUCUUGAUACUGAGAUUGACUCAUUUAAAUAAAAACCAGUUGAUGAUAGUGGUAUAAAACUCAAUGAUUCUUCAGUGAUUAUUAAGGUUUAAAAAAUUGAAUGA